CAUAACGAGUGGGCGUCCAAGAGCCGCCGGCGUCUCAGCGGAGCGCUGAAGCUCGGAGGCGAUGUUGCUGGUCAGAGCAGCCUCAUUGCGGCGGGACCGGCCGCGUUCGCUCAAGCGGUGGAUGAUGAAGAGCUGCUGGUUAUCGUCGGGUGGGGUGGGGAGAAGGAGCAGCGAGGGCUCUGCGUCCCUGGGGUGCUGGUCAGCGCAUCCACGCUGGUGCACCAAGGACGGCGGAUGGCUUUCGGAAACGCAAAAACGGCACAUAACAACAACUCGAGUCGCUUUGGCAAAUUUAUUCAAGUGAAUUACCAGGAGACGGGCACCGUGCGCGGAGCUUAUGUUGAAAAGUACCUCCUGGAGAAAUCAAGGCUAGUCUAUCAGGAGCACAAUGAACGGAACUACCACGUAUUUUACUACCUCCUGGCAGGAGCGAGCGAGGAAGAGAGAUCAGCAUUUCAUCUGAAGCAGCCUGAGGAAUAUCAUUACCUCAACCAGGACUGCUUUUCUGUGGAAGGGGAGGACUUGAAGCAUGACUUUGAGCGGUUACAGCUAGCCAUGGAGAUGGUGGGGUUUCUUCCCAAGACUCGCAGACAAAUUUUCUCUCUCUUGUCGGCGAUACUACACCUGGGUAACAUCCGUUACAAAAAGAAGACUUACCGGGAUGACUCCAUUGAUAUUUGUAACCCUGAAAUACUGCCUAUCGUGUCAGACCUGCUGGAG